AUGCUGGUGGCGAGCCUCUACUUUCAUGUUGAUGGAAAGGACUUCAAAAACUUGACAGGAGAAUUACAUCUAGUCAGUGGUAUGCAGGACAUAACUGCAGGUGGAGAAACUCUGACCUAUGUCAACCUUCAGCCUGGCAAAAGCAAGAAAGGCACUUAAAUUUUCAGAUACAGCCACAGAACCUCUCAUACAAAGGGAGAAAACAUCCGUUCUGCAGAUGGCUCCAACACACGCUACGUGCUCUACCAGCACCAGGAGCUGUCCUACUUAAUCUCCGUUGAGUUUGUGAAAUUUCAUUGGUAUAAGGUCAAUAUCUACCUUUAUAUCAAUCAGAAGAGGUCUGUGGUAGACAGAGAUAUGGAAGUGCACAUUUUCAGCAGCAGGCCUUCCUUUCUGCACAACUUGAUUUAUUUAGUGUGGUUUAUUCCUGUACAGCAUCCCAUGCUACAGUGUGAGUGGACCUUCAAUCUGCAGGUAUUUGGGACAAUGAGAGACUAUCUUGUUCAGAAUAACACUUAUACAUACCACGAUCAUGUAAGUAAUGCCACACGUUUUGUCCGUUGUUCUGCUUUAUCAUUUGAUGCUGAAAAAUAUUCCGGGUUUGUGGCAAAAGUGAACCGUACGAGGAAUGGACUGGCACCUGCUCUUUUACAAGUCAGAGCGAAGAAUUAUGCCUCAAAAACCAUAGGACCACUGGUGGCUUGUCAGCAAAAGUGCUCCGAGACACAGCAGGUUUGGAUUUGGACCCCCACUGUUCAUACUGCUCUCUUACGUCAUAAAAAGGGGGCAUCUUUCCACCUGUUUGUUAGAUUUCUGGUGAGCUGCAAAGACAGUAUUAUUACUAGACCUUUGUGGCAAUUUUAUCUUGCUGAGGACACAAAAGCAGACUGCUCAAACCCUAUAAAUUCAUCUAUGGUGCAUGGUGCAAAUACCAUAUGCAUAACUGCUCCUGGUUCUACUUUAGAUUAUGGGUUGUACCUGUUUAAYUUCUUUAUCCAUAUCACUGCAUAUUGGAAUAAAAUAGAUAUCAAUGGAUCAGACAGUAUUUAUAUUCAGAUCGACAGAACUGAUCUAAUUGCAAAUAUUGCAGGAGGCACAUGGCGGACAGUGGGUUUUUCUGACAGGUGGGCUCUAGAUGGCUCUUCAUCCUCAGACCCUGAUUCCGUAGAAGGACUAAAGGGCAUCAGGUUUACUUGGUACUGCACUAGAAGGCUAUCCGACUAUGCAAAUAUGAAAUUGAGUAUAGGAAAGAAAUGUCAUCCCACUCAGAGAAAUUUGAAAUGGUUAACAUCUUCAGGUCCAGUUCAGACAGUGGCCCCAGAAACCCUCCAGGGAAAUACUAUCUAUUAUUUUCGUCUAGUGAUACAGAAAGAUACAAGACAGAGUUACGCUGAUCAAACUGUCCAUGUGAAGCCAGGAUCCCCACCUCUUCUGAAUGUGGUCUGCCUUGAAAACUGUGGUAAAACUGUAAUCCCAACAGAAAGAUUUACAUUAUCUGGAAAAUGCCUCAACUGUAGAAGCAGCAGCCAACCAAUCUAUCACUGGUCCCUUUUUUCAGCAGAAGAAAAAUCCACAGAAAUUAAAUUUGACUGGUGCUUUCAGGAAACACUUAUGAAAGCAGCCCUGAAGAUUUGGAUGGGGAGCAAAACAGAAAUGAACCAAGUAGUUGCUUCUAUUUCUCAAGGCACUGAGGAAAAUGAUGACAUAAGUAGGAGAUGGCAAGAGCUAGCCAUUCAGAAAUGGAGAGACGUAACCAAAGUGCUAAAAACACAAAGGAAUGAGAGCCACUAGUCUGAACAAACAGAAAUCCAAAGCAGUGCAAGACUAAGACGCUUUCGCGUCAUUCUGAGAGCUUCAUUUUUACAUGAGAAGAAUGCCGAUGUUGAUGGAAUUAAACGAGUGUCCUUUAUCAAGGGAAAUUUAACUCCCCUAGUUUUGCCGGGCAAAGUCCCUGGAGAAACAGAAACUGUAAUGGAAACCAGAAAAUGGACUAUCACUCUCAACAAAAAGGAAAAUUGGAAUGCUACAGAUGCUUCCUCUACCACAAGAAAAUGCAAGAGCUGCUUUUAUCCAGAACUGAAAAAGGGAACUUUUCAGAAUAGCCCAGAGAAUGCUGUGAUUUCCACUGCCCUUCAUGAGGUUGACGAGAACCCUCUCCCUUGGUUACGUUUUACAUCUGAAACUGCCACAAAGGUGCUGGUGUUCAAAAUGAUGGAGACCAAGGCCAAGGGGGAUCUAGGAGGAAUCAUGCCAGAAAGGGCAGACGUUAUUAUUGCUAGGGAAGAUAAGCAAUCCUGAUCUUUUCAAGUAGCAACAGGGCCUGAUAAAACUCAGCAUUACACAACUGGAGGAUUUAGAGUUGAAGUGGAGAGAAAUACAGUAAGGGAGUUGUAUAUCCAGAUUGUUACAAAACUCAAAGUUACUUUCAAGGUGUUAGUAUUUGCAAGUGCUAAUGUCACUCAUGCUUCUCCUAUAGCCUCCUUUUCUGCAUUUCACAACAAGCCAACAGUGGCAAGCAAAACUAAGCCCUCUGUUACAGACUGUAUCAUUAGAGCUUCUUACAUCAUCUAACUCUUGCGAACUGCCGCUCAGGCAAGUGGUACUGAUAAUGCUGGUAAAUAUAAUAUCUCYGUCGUCCUGCUGUCACGCUAUGUUGUAAGGUAUCCAAACACAAGACUGGUGAGCAUAUCCAUUUUUAGUGAUCAGUGCUUAUUUCUGGAUGGCGUUGGCAGUCACUGGAAAGAAAGCACCUGCAGCCUUGGCUCAUAUACCAGUUGGCAAAGGGUGCAUUGCACCUGCGAUAUGAAAUGGAGACACAAAAGACUUGUAACAGAUGCUGGGACAAACACAUCGACUUUGAACAUCAGGUUCCUGGCAGCCAAAGUAAUCGUUACACCCAACACUGUGGAUCUGGAAAAAUCUUUGAUAGCGGACAUACCUCAAAACCCUGUGACCCUUUUAACAGUUGUGGUCAUUUUUCUAACCUACCUUGUUUUGGCCCUCUGGGCGGUGAAAAAAGAUAAAGCUGACAAAGUCAACCAGGACGACAUUAGCGUUCUGCCAGAUGAGGAGCCCUUUGAUAGCGUGUGCUUUUUGGUCACCUUAUACACAGGCAGUCGCUUCRGAGCCGRAACCACUGCAGAUGUUUUYCUYCAGCUCGUUGSCCAGGCUGGCACAAGUGAGGUCCACUGCUUGCGACAGCCACACUGCCCAUCUUUCCRUCMGGGARGCACAGAUACUUUUUKSUUAACUACAAAGAAAGACUUAGGAGAGAUUUGUGUCUUGAGGGUGUGGCACAAUAACCAAGGGCCUUCUCCAAGCUGGUUCCUAAGCAGAGCAAAAGUUGAAAAUCCCUACACUAAGGAGAAUUGGUUCUUUGUUUGCCACAGGUGGCUUGUCUGCAAGGAUGACCACUUCCUCAAAAUGACCUUCUUUGUCAUGAAUCCAAAAGCAUAUCUGUGCAGAAUGGACUAUUUUUUGAUAAAUCUUGCUGCCAACCUAAGAGAUCGUCACCUUUGGUUCUCCAUUUUUACUCAUACAGGCACUGGCACUUUCAGCAGGCUCCAGAGGUUAUCAUGCUAUGUAGCAAUAUUACUCCUCAACCUGCUUGUGAACUUUAUGUUCUUCCAUGCUGACAGAAAGGAAGAAUACCCACUAGAUAUGAGCUUUUUGAGAGCAAUAGCAGUAGGAGCCGAAAGGGCUUUGCUUACCAUCCCUGUGCAAAUGCUCAUAAUUGCCUUGUUCUGGUAUUCAGGCACUUAUCACACUAUAUGCCCAGAAAAGAAAGGUUAUAGUAAGAAUAGUUCCAAUAUGAUCAACAUAGGUUUAAAAUCAGUAUUAUUGCUUUUUGGUUUUUUAGAGGUCCUAAGGUUUAAGUUGGGAGCACCUAUUGUGAAAUUUUAUUUAYUUCAUCCCAUCAAUUUAAUUCAUUUCCAUGCAGUUUCUCAUUUAGAUCACACAGUAAGAAUUACUGUGGGUUUCUUAGCAUUCCUUACAKUUUUGAAAACCCUAAGGUAUUCCCAAUUCUUUUAUGAUGUGCAACCAGCACAAAGAUUGAUCUUGGUAGCACUUUCCGGAAUCUCCUCUAUGACCUUUGUGGUCCUUGUGGAGUUCCUGGAAUUUAUGGCAUUUGGCUGCCUUAGGUUUGGAUGGCAGGAAUGGAAUUACAAUAUUGUGAUUCCCUCAACUGUGACUUUAUACUCGUACUGUGUGUCGGCUUUCAGAGGCACUGAAUUUUCAUCCAACAGGUUGCCGGGUGCUCCUCUCUUAGCCUUUCUCAUGUUGAUGGUGGUUUGUGUCUUCAUCAAUCUGUUCCCAGCUGUUACUAUAUCAGCUAAUGAAAAGAUGAAACAACCUGUAUAUAAAGAACCACGUGAUGAGGCAGAAGCGGGCCACUUCAGAGGGGAAAUCACUAACAUUGGGGGCUCCAGAACGGAGAAAGAAAAGGGAAAAAAUGGUUUCAUAUGGUCCUUAGAGCAAGGCAGGAUAUUGUAUUUAGCACGCAUUUGA